GUAUUGUUUGACAACGACAAGAGUUGACAAAUCUUUUAUUUUCCAUGCAUUUUUGCUUCCUUUUUAUGUGAAUUAUUAUUUUCUAAUAAUUCAUUCGUGUUUUGGAAGUAAUAGCGAGUGAUAGUCCCUAAAUAGUUUGUGGAGAAGUGAUUUUGUUCUACCUACAUUUUCGUUGUUGAGCUGCUAACUUGAACAUCGCCAUGACUUUAGGCACUUACAAUAGACAUCAGGCCAACAAGAAAAAGCAAGCUGCAUUGGCGGCGGCGUUCCCCCAAGGGAUCCGCUGUCAGAAAUGUCUGGAAUAUGGCCAUUGGAGCUAUGAAUGCACAGGCAAGCGCAAGAUCUUGGUGCGUCCAUCACGCACACAAGUCUUAAAGAAGAACCUAAAGUCACAGGAACAAGGCUCCUGCAGCGGUGGCAGUUGCAAGGUACCGAAUAAAAAGAGACGCACAAAUGAAUGCGUUGACUGCUCAGACAACAGUUCGUCAGGAAGCUCCUCUAGUUCAGAGUCAGAAAGCUCCGAGGACUCCGAGAGUGGCAGCAGCAGCGACUCUGAGAGUGACAGCGAGAGCAGCAGCGACUCCGAGUCCGGAUCUGACGGUUAAACGGGUACUCACAAGUAACACACCUGGUAUUAGCAAUUUAUUGUUCCCACAAAAAUUGCACAGCGACAUCUAUAUUUUACUUUAUGACAUGUAAUGUUAAGUAUUAAGUUAAAAUAUUGCAUUUUCUUGUGACAUUCAUAUUUAUUUGAUUAUUUUACUAGACUUUAUUAUUAUUUAUUGUCAGUCUUGAAUGAGGGUGGUUGGUAAUCUGAUAAGUUGAUAAGUACAUUGCUAAUACCAGUCUUAUUUUAUGGAUAGUUACGGAUAUGGAUUGUAGGUAGGCUGGACUGUCAUCUCGGCUUGUUAUGUAAUGCUGGACAUUAAAAAUAAGGACUUAAUUAUAAAUGACACUUUAUGAUACUUUUAACCCGCAGACAAAGUUUAUGAUGUAUUUUUUUUAUUUGUGUAGUAGUGGCACUUAUCUCAUUCAGCCUUUUAUAAUAAUAUAAUCGACAGUGGAUUAAAAAUAGUAUUUGUAGUUCUGAAUAAAAUAGAAAUUUGAAAAAAAAACUUGAUGUUAGUAAAGGAGCUAAAUGGGUUUGGCGCCAUUCUUCCUAGUUAUAAUGCUGUGAACUUGUUGAAUGUUUGUAGUCUAAAUUGAUUCUUAUAAGAUGCUAAAAGUCAUUUUAUGUGAGAUUGUAUGAAUUAUUGAGAUGUAUUUGUAGGAAUUUGAUAUUUGAUAUGUAAUGUAGGGCUUUAUUUCCACUAACUACAUUAUUAAAACACUUGAAGCCAAAGUUUAUGAAUACUCUAUGGUUUUAAACUAUAAUUUGUUGGAGUCAGUGCUGUUAGUGGAGAUUUAGUAUUUUUAUUGUUUAUGCUUUGUGAAACUGCUGUGUUAAUUUAAAAUAGCAUAGAAAUUAAAUUAUCUAUUACAUUAUAUACAUGUCAUAGACGUAAUAUUUUCUAAGACUGUAUAGUAAAAUGUCUCUUCAAUUACAUAGUCUCAUGAUUUAAAAUAGAAAGAAUGUAAGAAUUUUGAUAUAAAACGAAAUAUAAUUUAAAUGGGAAUAAAUAAGUCUUUUAUUGAA